AUGGUCCUUCUGUUGAUCCUGUCAGUCCUACUUUUGAAAGAAGAUGUCAGAGGGAGUGCACAGUCCAGCGAGAGGAGGGUGGUGGCUCACAUGCCAGGUGACAUCAUUAUUGGAGCUCUCUUCUCAGUCCACCACCAACCAACCGUGGACAAGGUUCAUGAGAGGAAAUGCGGCGCAGUCCGUGAGCAGUAUGGCAUCCAGAGAGUGGAGGCCAUGCUGCAUACCCUGGAAAGGAUCAAUUCCGACCCCAAUCUCUUGCCCAACAUCACGCUUGGCUGUGAGAUAAGAGACUCCUGCUGGCAUUCAGCUGUGGCCCUGGAGCAAAGCAUUGAGUUUAUAAGGGAUUCGCUCAUCUCUUCAGAAGAGGAAGAGGGUUUGGUACGCUGUGUGGAUGGCUCUUCUUCUUUCCGCUCCAAGAAACCCAUAGUGGGAGUCAUUGGGCCUGGCUCCAGUUCUGUGGCCAUUCAAGUCCAGAAUUUGCUCCAGCUUUUCAACAUACCUCAGAUUGCAUACUCUGCAACCAGCAUGGAUCUGAGUGACAAGACUCUAUUCAAGUAUUUCAUGAGGGUCGUUCCUUCAGAUGCCCAGCAGGCACGAGCCAUGGUGGACAUAGUGAAGAGAUAUAACUGGACCUAUGUCUCAGCUGUGCACACUGAAGGCAAUUAUGGAGAAAGCGGGAUGGAGGCUUUCAAAGAUAUGUCAGCCAAGGAAGGGAUUUGCAUCGCCCACUCUUAUAAAAUCUACAGCAAUGCUGGAGAGCAGAGCUUUGACAAGCUGUUGAAAAAGCUCAGAAGUCAUUUGCCCAAGGCCCGGGUGGUAGCCUGCUUCUGCGAAGGCAUGACUGUGAGAGGUCUGCUGAUGGCCAUGAGACGCUUGGGUCUAGCCGGAGAGUUUCUGCUUCUGGGCAGUGACGGCUGGGCUGACAGGUAUGACGUGACAGAUGGGUACCAGCGAGAAGCGGUUGGAGGAAUUACAAUCAAGCUCCAGUCCCCCGAUGUCAAGUGGUUUGAUGAUUAUUAUCUGAAACUCCGGCCAGAAACAAACCUCAGAAACCCUUGGUUUCAAGAAUUUUGGCAGCAUCGCUUUCAGUGCCGGCUGGAAGGGUUUGCGCAGGAGAACAGCAAGUACAACAAGACUUGCAACAGUUCUCUGACUCUAAGAACACAUCAUGUUCAAGAUUCCAAAAUGGGAUUUGUGAUCAAUGCUAUCUAUUCUAUGGCUUAUGGGCUCCACAACAUGCAGAUGUCCCUGUGCCCAGGCUAUGCAGGGCUCUGUGAUGCCAUGAAGCCAAUUGAUGGACGGAAACUUUUGGACUCCCUGAUGAAAACCAAUUUUACUGGUGUCUCUGGCGACAUGAUCCUGUUUGAUGAAAAUGGAGACUCUCCAGGAAGGUAUGAAAUAAUGAAUUUCAAGGAAAUGGGAAAAGAUUAUUUUGAUUACAUCAAUGUUGGAAGUUGGGACAAUGGAGAAUUAAAAAUGGAUGAUGAUGAGGUAUGGUCCAAGAAAAAUAAUGUCAUUAGAUCCGUGUGCAGCGAACCAUGUGAGAAAGGCCAGAUAAAGGUGAUCCGGAAGGGAGAAGUAAGCUGUUGUUGGACAUGCACUCCCUGUAAAGAGAAUGAGUAUGUGUUUGAUGAGUACACCUGCAAGGCGUGUCAGCUGGGGUCCUGGCCCACCGAUGACCUGACAGGUUGUGAUUUGAUCCCGGUACAGUAUCUUCGCUGGGGUGACCCUGAGCCCAUCGCAGCUGUGGUGUUCGCCUGCCUCGGCCUGCUGGCCACCCUGUUCGUUACUGUGGUCUUCGUCAUUUAUCGGGAUACUCCGGUGGUCAAGUCCUCCAGUCGAGAGCUCUGCUACAUUAUCCUUGCGGGCAUCUGCCUGGGCUACUUAUGUACUUUCUGCCUCAUUGCUAAGCCCAAGCAGAUUUACUGCUAUCUCCAGAGAAUUGGCAUCGGUCUCUCUCCGGCCAUGAGCUACUCAGCACUCGUUACCAAGACCAACCGCAUUGCAAGGAUCCUAGCAGGCAGCAAGAAGAAGAUCUGUACCAAGAAACCCAGAUUCAUGAGUGCCUGCGCUCAGUUAGUGAUUGCCUUCAUUCUCAUCUGUAUCCAGCUGGGCAUUAUCGUGGCCCUGUUUAUCAUGGAGCCUCCGGAUAUAAUGCAUGACUACCCAAGCAUUCGAGAGGUCUACUUGAUUUGUAACACCACCAAUCUUGGGGUGGUCACUCCUCUUGGAUACAAUGGAUUAUUGAUUUUGAGCUGCACGUUCUAUGCUUUCAAGACCAGAAAUGUCCCAGCCAACUUUAAUGAGGCCAAGUAUAUUGCCUUCACCAUGUACACAACCUGCAUCAUAUGGCUGGCCUUCGUGCCUAUCUACUUUGGCAGCAACUACAAAAUCAUCACCAUGUGUUUCUCCGUCAGCCUCAGUGCCACGGUGGCUCUGGGCUGCAUGUUUGUGCCGAAGGUGUACAUCAUCCUCGCCAAACCGGAGAGAAACGUGCGCAGCGCCUUUACAACAUCUACGGUGGUGCGCAUGCACGUAGGUGAUGGCAAGUCGUCCUCUGCCGCCAGCAGAUCCAGCAGCCUGGUCAACCUGUGGAAGAGGAGGGGCUCCUCUGGGGAAACCCUAAGGUACAAAGACAGGAGACUGGCCCAGCACAAGUCGGAAAUAGAGUGUUUCACCCCCAAAGGGAGUAUGGGGAAUGGUGGGAGAGCAACAAUGAGCAGCUCCAAUGGAAAAUCGGUGACAUGGGCCCAGAACGAAAAGAGCAGCCGGGGGCAACACCUGUGGCAGCGGCUCUCGGUUCACAUCAACAAGAAGGAGAAUCCCAACCAGACAGCGGUCAUCAAACCCUUCCCCAAGAGCACCGAGAGCCGCGGGCCUGGUGCAGGGGCUGGUAGCCCUGGCCCUGGAGCGGCAGGCGCUGGUGGCAGCGCUGGGUGCGCAGUGGCAAGUGGCCCCGAGCCUCCUGAUGCGGGCCCCAAAGCACUGUACGAUGUAGUAGAGACAGAGGAACGCUUCCCAGCAGCUGCCAGGCCGCGCUCUCCGUCGCCCAUCAGCACUCUGAGCCACCUCGCUGGCUCGGCAGGCCGCACAGAUGACGACGCGCCCUCGCUGCAUUCAGAAACUGCAGCGCGCAGCAGCUCCUCCCAGGGCUCGCUCAUGGAGCAGAUCAGCAGCGUGGUGACUCGUUUCACCGCCAACAUCACGGAGCUCAACUCCAUGAUGCUGUCCACUACGGCGGCGCCCGGGCCAGCUGGUGCCCCUAUCUGCUCAUCAUACCUGAUCCCCACAGAGAUCCAACUGCCUACAACCAUGACGACUUUCGCAGAUAUCCAGCCACUGCCGGCCAUCGAGGUGACUGGAGGAGCUCAGCAGACCUCAGGGGCAUCACCGGCCCAGGAGACUCCUGCAGGAGCUGAGGCCGCACCAGGCAAACCAGACCUGGAGGAGCUGGUAGCCCUGACUCCGCCGUCGCCCUUCAGGGACUCGGUGGACUCGGGGAGCACCACCCCAAACUCGCCAGUCUCCGAAUCAGCCCUCUGUAUUCCAUCAUCUCCCAAAUAUGACACUCUCAUCAUCAGAGAUUACACACAGAGUUCCUCGUCGUUGUGAACCACUGAAAACUUCCCCCGGGAUC